AUGAAAAAAACUUUUUUAAGUGUUCGUCCAUUAUCAAAAAAUGAAGAACACGAUCUAUGUCAAACAUGCCUUGAUGUACAACGAGCAACAAAUGAAAUAAUUCUUGCUAAUAGUACAGCAUUUACAUUUGAUCAUGUAUUUUUACCAGAAACAAUACAAGAAGAUGUUUAUCGUGAAUGUAUUUACGAUAUGAUUGAAGGGUGUUUUCAAGGUUAUAGUGCAUCUAUACUUGCUUAUGGACAAACAGGUUCCGGAAAGACUUUUACUAUGGGUAGUGGAAUUGAAUAUAAUGAUCCGAGUAAAGAAGGUAUUUUACCUCGUGCUAUCAUGCAUAUAUUUCAACGAUGUGCAAGUUAUGAACGUGAAGCAGAAUCAAAAGGGAUUGCUCUAUCAAAAUGUGUUGUUUCAUGUCAAUUUAUUGAAAUUUAUAAUGAAAAUAUCUAUGAUUUAUUUAAUAAAGAAAAUAUUGAUUUUCGUUCACAAAAAAAUUCUGAUAAACAUGUUGUAUUCGAAAAUAGUAAUGGCGAAAUAGCUGUUACUAAUAUUACAACACGCUUUGUUACAACUGCACAAGAGACAUUGGAUUGUUUGAAAGAAGGUGCUCUUAGUCGAACAACAGCAUCAACACGUAUGAACACUGUGUCAAGUCGAUCACACGCCAUAUUUACUGUUACUUUACAAUUUGAACGUGUUGUUCCAUCAGUAUCUACAUCAAAUUCAAAUUUACGUGAACAAAUUCGGGCUAAAAUUCAUUUUGUUGAUUUAGCUGGUUCAGAAAGUUUGAAACGAACAGGUGCAACAGGUCAACGUGCUAAAGAAGGCAUCAGUAUUAAUAGCGGUUUGCUUGUUCUUGGUAAUGUCAUAUCAGUCUUAGGUGAUCCCAUGAAAAAAGGUGCACAUGUUCCUUAUCGUGAUUCAAAAUUAACUCGUUUAUUACAAGAUUCAUUAGGCGGUAAUAGUCGAACAUUAAUGAUUGCUUGUAUUUCACCAGUUGAUCGUGAUUUUUCUGAGACAAAAAGUACAUUGAACUAUGCUCAACGUGCACGUAAUAUUCGUAAUCGUGUUAAAGUUAAUCAAGAUAAACAUAGUAGACAAAUAAUACAAUUACAAAUGGAAAUUGAACGAUUACGUGCAUUAGUUGAUAAAAAUGAACGUUUACCAACGGUUGAAUAUGAUCAAGCGAAUAAUAGUGCAUUAAAUCAAGAACUUGAACGUAUACGAUCAUAUAUAUAUACAAUACAACGUUCAAUUAAUGAAACAAAUACUGUAUCACAAACAUUAAAACAAGAUCUUGAAACAGUUCGUGAUCAUCGACAAAUGAAUGAUACAACAUUUGAUUAUGAUCAAGCAUUAAAUCAAUGUUUAAUUAGAAGUGAUGAAAUUCAAUCUCGAUUAUCACGUAUGAUCGAUGUUAGUAAUGUACUUCGUAGACGUAGUCCAUUAUCUUGUCGUCGUAAAAGUCGUUUAACAAGAUCAUUUUCAGCUGAUCAGCCAUUAUCAGUUGAGUUUAAUCAAACUCCAAUUGGUGCAGAUGAUUUACAACCAUGUAUUGAAGAUAUUCGUCAUGAAAUUGAUCGUCUUCGACGAGAAGAACAAUUACUUCGCGAAAGUGGUUCAGCAAAAUCAAACCGUAUUGGUAUUAGUACAAUACCAGGUUCACCACAAGAACCACAUGAAAUUCAAGAACAACAAAAAACUGAAACAAUUUAUCCACUUUCAACAAAUCCAUCAUCAGAUACUAUUGAUAAUCCUUCAAAUAUACAAAUUAUGGAUGAGCAAGAAAACAUGGUUAAUAGUGAUGAUGAAGAUGAACAAGCUCAAAUGCCUGUUGAUGAUGCUCAAACUGAAUCUGAUGUACAAGAAGAAAAAUUAGUUAUAAUUACAACUGAAAUCAAUGCUAAACAAAAAUGUCUUGAAAUGCUUGAAAGUGCACGUAAACGUAGUGAUCUUAUACGUCAACGAUAUGAAGAACGUAUAAAAGCUCUUUCAGAACGUAUACAAAAUGCUGAAGAUGAAAAACAAGCGGCUGUUACUAAAUUAAAUUCAGCUGCACGUGAUCAAUAUAAUAUUGAAGAAUUAAAAUCCGCAAGACGUGAUUAUGAAGAAAAAAUUCGUCGAUUAGAAAUUGAAAAUAAUGAAUUAUCAACAUUGCGUGCACAAUAUAAUGUUUGUUUAAAAGAUGGAGAAUAUUAUAAAAAAGAACUUGCGAAACAUACAAAUGAAUUAAAAGAUUUACGUAAAAUGAAAGUUCAAUUAUCACGUGAAUUACGACAAGAAUUUAUUCGACAUAGACAAGCUGAACAAGCUAAAGCAAGAGAAAUUGCUACACUUAAACGAACACAAAUGCAAAAAGAUAAUGUUAUUCGAACAUUACGUGCUCAGCAUAAACAAAAAGAAAUGAUUCUUAAACGUAAACAAGAAGAGGUACAUUUAUUACGCCGUCAAAUGCGCUCAGCACGAAUGCGUAAAACAACCAAGGAGAUGACUGCACAUUUUGCUGCUAUACAACAAGGCAUUGCAAAUGCUAUUCGUCGUCGAAAACUGAUCGCUGGUAUAAAUCGAGAUAUGAAUACAUUAAUAGAAAAUCGUGAACGUGCAAGUCGUAAACGUGAACGUUAUUGUAAACGAUUAAAUAAAACAAUUGUUUUGAAUAAAACUGAUCAAGAACAAUCUGAAGAAACAGCAUCGACACCAAUACGUGAUUCAAUAUCAAAAUUAGAUAAUACAAUUGAUUAUCUGAAUUCCGAAAUAGCAUCAUGUCAACAAGUAUUAAUGGCUUAUGACGAUGAACAACAAUCAAAUGAAUUAAUACAAGGACCUGAUCCACAAUUUAUUGUUGAUUGUGUUACUGAUAUUGAUGAACUUCGUUAUUUAUUAACAAAACUUAUUGAACAAACUAUUGAAAAAGGCUUUGAAGCUGAUGAAGCUAAUGAAUUAAUGUCAUACGUUGAUUUAGUUGAAAAUAUUCUUGUUAAAAAAGAAGAUGUCAAACCAGCAGCAACACGUAUUAAAAAAGUAGUAACAGAUACUUGUCAAGAUGAUUCAAUGGAUACAACACCUGUUCCUGAAGAUUCACCAUCAUCAAAAACAAUGAUACUUCGACCAUUAUGUAAUUCUCCAAGUCUAUCUAAUUAUCAAAGUGAACCUAUGUGUUCGGAUUAA